CGGCAAAAGUUUCUUACGCCAACCAUCGAGCACGACCUGAGAGGCUCUGAAUAUUGCAUACGUCCUCAAUCUUUGCGGAAGGAGGUAUCUAAAUCUUACUAGCUUACUCCAGCUAUAGUUUGGCUUGAAGCAGCUAUAGACAGAGCUACGCGCUACACAUGAGCUAUGACCGGCUCCCAACAACGAUACCGAUGUACAAUGACGGCUCUCACGACGGCAACGACACUGAACACUUUGCCUCAACUUCUGCCUCUGCCUCUGCUUCCGCAUCUCCGAACCCCAUAACCCAACACCGACACCGAAAAAGGUCAUCUACUGCUUCGUAUGGCCAAGGAGGUUACGGGUAUUCAUCAUAUUCGACUUACCCCAGCUCUCGGAGACGGGGCCCCUCGUUGUCGCCUGUACGAACUAAUGGCUCUAAUUGGAACUACAAUAUACCAAUACCACCUAUACCUAUACCCGUACCGCGUUUUGUACGCCAAGUAGGGUCAUUACUGUUACGAACGCCCGUCUAUUAUAUCAGGAAGAGUAUUCGUGUCCUUUACCGGGGCCAUCCUGUCACUACCAACACCAAUUCUCGACGAAUAAACCUCCGCAGAGUGAAGAAUCCAUCCCCUUCCACUCUACCCAAAAUCAUUUACACUCUUCUUCUAAUCGCUUUCGUCACUCUGCUUUACCUCCUACUCCGGAUAUAUGAGCCUCACAUCGAGCUGGCUUUCUACUCACGCAAGUUUGCAAGAGAGGAGAUUCUACCUGUGAAACCUUUGGCAGGAUGCUUCAAUCGCCCUAGUCGGAGGUAUAAUGUCACUGAGCGCCUGUUUGGAGCACGAGCAACGGAUGUUCACGCUGGUUUGGAAAUGCGGUUUGGGUUGGAUUGUUACGAGUUUGCUGGGACAGUGCGGAGUCAGAUUCCAACAAUAUCCCAUCCCUCUCAUCGUUCACGAACCCAGUUCCACACCUAUUGGCGUUCCGAUCUGGCCCUAUUCGGUCCACGACAAGAAUACAUGCUCAAAUCAUUCUUUGCCACCCAGAAUCUUGCAACUUCUAAACUCGUGUUGUGGAGUAAUGGGGAUAUGAGAGGGAAUCCGAUAUUGCGAGAGUAUCUUAGAAGGUAUGGAGCUGUGGAGGGCGAUCAAGGCGAUAUAGUCGGUUCGGAAAGAGGCUCAUUUGACGUUCGAGUGGCUGAUAUCGCACUACUGGCGCGAGGUACGGAGCUUGAUCCAGAAUAUCAUGCUCACGAAAACGAGGCCGAGUUUGAGCGAAAUAUCUUUCCAUCCGCUCAUCGACUUCUGUUAUCGGAUUCUAAGGCAUGGCUCGACGGAGAUCUCAUUCGUCUGCUAUUACUAUGGAAUUUUGGUGGUGUUUGGGUCGAUAUGGAUUUUCUGUUGACGAGGGAUUUAGAACCACUGCUGGAACAUGAGUUUGUUACACAGUGGGACUGCUAUGAUAAAAAAUACACCCCGCUAAACGGAGCACUCAUGCGCUUUCAUAUCCAUUCACCAUACCUUUGCGAAGCUUUUCACAUCAUGGCGACAGACUCACCACCGCGUCCACAUUCGACGGAUUGGGGAAGCACACUUUAUCUGAAGCUUUACAGACGGCUUUUGAGGGGCGGCGUGCGACCUUUCAAGGUAUUGCCGUGGUGCUUCACUGACGGACGCUCUUGUCGACUAGACAACCGACUUCCCGAUCCGUUCAAGGAGGACCAAAAAGCUGGCAUCAGUUGGUGGGAGGAACAAAGUGGCGGUACGAGCGUACGUUCAAGCUGGUGGAUGCCUUGGUCUAAGAUAAAGCCUGGAACGAACGGCGUUUUCGUGGUGGGAAAUCCAACAACGAAAAAGCCACAACUGUCUGGCAUUGACAAGGGCGUAGCCCCGAGCAUGGGCUUGGGUAUGGGAACUGAGACCGCUUACACUGGAAACCCACCCGCUCUUGCACGCGCCCUCUCUCAAAUUUUUGGCAUUCAUCUACAUAACCAGUGGGAGAAGAAUUUUCCAGAGAAAGGGUGGGUGGAGAGGUUGUUAUUGCAGAGAUACGAGGCCGUCUUGGAGGCAGAGCGCAUCCCCGCUUUGGGUACUGUUACGGGUCAUGGUGGCGGGAAUCUUGAGUAUAGGUUGCAAGGGUUACAGGGGAGAGAUGUGGACGAUUUGGCAAGGGAACCUGUCGAAUUGGAUAUCGGAUCGAAGCAGGAGCAGGAACGCGACGCCGGCAUGACGAAGAGGGACAUCGACGAGCAAGGAGAUGGUGAUAUGACAGCAAUGGUCAGGACAGCAGACACAUAGGCGGGGUCGAGAGAGAGAUGCCUUUCAGGAGACCUCGAGGUGGCAAUCCUGGGAACUGAAAUGGAGGGAGCAGAGCAGUCAUGAUCUCUGAUACAUAUACUCAUCCACUUAGAGCCAACGCAAGGACGAGAAAGACUUGGUAGCUCCUAGUAUCUGGACGCAUUCACAGUGACACUGUCAUAUACAUAUUUAGUAUACUCAAAUAAUUGGAGUAAUCUUUGCUAGCC